AUGAAGGCUAUCAGGCGGUCCUUGAAAGGGGAGAAAGAUCCCAAACAUCACCAUAUUUCUAUCACCCCUAAGUCCGCCCUUGCCAUUCUACCUCCUAAGAAGGUAAUCAAAGCACUCUACGACUAUAAACCGGAGCCCGGAACUUCUCAGGAAUUGUCUUUCAGCAAGGGAGACUUCUUUCACGUUAUCAGCAGGGAGGACGACGAAGACUGGUACGAGGCUUGUAAUCCACUCAUCCCUAGUGCUCGGGGGCUCGUGCCCGUGUCCUUCUUCGAAGUUAUCGGUAAAAACGAAAGGGAUAGUGGGGGUUCGGUCGAUCUGCAUAAAAAGGAACACCACGACUCUGGUUUCGCCGACCGCAGUCCCGCUUCCGACUCAUCACCCAUCAACACUAGCCAACCAAUUUUCAGAAUGUCUGCCAUCGCCAAGGGCCAGGGGGCUAUGGUUUAUGGCAUUGUCCAAUACGACUUUCAGGCGGAACGUCCCGAUGAAUUAGACGCUCGCGCCGGCGAGGCCAUCAUUGUUAUUGCCCAGUCCAACCCGGAAUGGUUUGUCGCGAAACCCAUCGGCCGUCUGGGGGGUCCUGGUCUGAUUCCCGUCUCCUAUAUUGAACUGCGCGAUAUGCAGUCUGGUCAGGCGGUGACAGAUCCCCUCGAUGCAGUGCGACGCGCUGGAGUCCCCAAGGUGGAGGAAUGGAAGAAGAUGACUGCCGAAUAUAAGAACAGCAGCAUCACCCUGGGGAAAAUCGACUCUUCUCCCACAAACAAUGGCAUGGGACAAGUUACUGCCUCAAUGGACCAAAUGUCGAUGAGCUCUGGAAACUCUGGCCACAUGAGUCAGAACGGCAAUGCCUAUGGAUAUCACCAGCGCAAUGCUAGCAAAGGCACUCUGGCUUCGCAGGCUCAACCGUCGCAGGCCCCGCACAACUACCCCCUCCUUGCCCCUGUCGCCGCUUCGAUUCCCCGCUACUGCUUCGACAACGACAAAUACUGGUAUAUUAUUGAGGCCAAGAUGGAAGAUGGUCGAUGCUGGGAAUUGUCGCGUUACUACCACGACUUCUACGACUUCCAGAUUGCGCUUUUGACCCAGUUUGAGGACGAGGCUGGUAACCGAGGACGGCAACGAACCCUGCCAUUCAUGCCGGGUCCUGUUACCCAUGUGACCGAUGCCAUUUCCAACGGCCGCCGACAGAACUUGGACGAAUAUAUCAAGAAGCUCCUGGCAAUGCCGCCACACAUCUCUCGAUGCACACUGGUCCGUCAGUUGCUUGCGCCUCGGCCAGGAGACUUUGAAAUUGACCCGAACGCAUUUGGUGAGGAGGCACGGUACUCCGACAACUCCCAUCACUCAUCUGCGGAGCCUAGUCAAAGUGUAUCGCGCCAGUCCUCACAACUACCGAUGAAUGGAUCGCAAGAUCGUAUUUCGCAACAGCAACAAGGCCUCGGUGCACCAGGCUUGGCAACUUACGGGAACGGCGGUCCACCACCAAUGAACCGACAGGCAAGCUCCCUGACCCAAUCCUCUACUUCAAACACCGCGAUGAAGGUCAAAGUCUUCUUCCAGGAUGAUCUUAUCGCUAUUCGCAUCCCCUCCGGCGUCAGCAUGCAGCAUCUCAAGGACAAGCUUUCAGAUCGCCUGAAGAUCCAGGACGAUAUUAUCGUGCAGUACAAGGACGAGGCUUCUGGUACCUAUGUCGACCUCCACUCUGACUCAGAUUUGGAGAAUGCUAUGCAACGGAAUACAAAGCUCACUCUGUUUGUCAGCAUCGCCUAA